ACUGUCAGAGUUUGUAAAUCUUGACAAGUUUUGCCAAUUGGUCAUUUGGAAUGCGUGUUAGUCUUCUGUAUUCAAUCAGGUUGUGUUUUUUUGUUGUCGUUGUUGCUGUGAACCAAGUCAGUAGUUUGUGAUUUGCCUUAACUUAAUUCAGUUUCAGGUGAUUUCCCUCAAUUCAGUUUUAGACGAUUUUUCUUCCCAAGAGACUACACCAGUUAAUGAUGGCAACAUCAUCAAUCUUCGGCUUACAUUGAGUGAGGCGUUUGUGUAAAAUUUUGGUUUACGACUUAACCGCUCAGAUUUAAAGACUUAAAUGCUGCUAUGAACAGGAACAUCUUACAACCAGUCACCUAUCAGGUGUUCAAAACAAUUGUCACACCUCAGUCGGUUUGCAUACUUUCAUUUCAGUUUUUUGUUUGCAGUUUUACUCAAAGGCACUGUCUUAUUUUUUUUUUUUUUUUCUAUAGCUACAUCCUCUUUAACCACAAGUUCUUUGCCUCCCAGGCUGAACUUUUCUAUCAAAGUCGCAUAAGUAGUAAUUUUUCCUCAGAUGUCUGUUACACAACGCAAAGACAAGGGCUGGGAAUGGCAGGAAAUAUAAGUUGUCUCGGUAUACAUGAAUUUUGCUGACUUUCUUUGGGAAGAGAUUAAGCUUUGUAGAAAUAAACUGCAGUUGUUUUACAAACUUAUCGAACCCACUUCACAUUUGAUCGUCGGAGGGAUGAAACAGUUCAGGAUUGAUUAUCAAUCAAUCAAGGCCUCCCUGGUUGUUGUGGAAACAUUCGUUCAAAUAACAAGGUUGAAGGUGAUCUGAUCAGAUAAGGAGCAUUUGGGCCCAUUGGAAGCAGAAAAUCUAGAACAAAAAAAUUACCAUCAAAACCCAAAAACCAUCGAAUGAUUGCUCAAAAUUGAUGACCUCCUGAGAACUAGAAAAGCUCAGUUACCAAAGGGCGAAAAAAAAAAAAAAACGCCUAAAAAUAGAAAAUCAAACCUAGAAAAAUGGAAAAACUGCAAAGCACAAUCAUUACUAAACUCAAAACGCAGAAAAAUUCCAGUCCUAAUUCCCGGAACGAGACUAAACCCGUCUGUCCCUCCUAGUAACCAAUGAGAGCUUGCAUCUCCCGGCGUGGAGUGAAGAUACGACACGGGCGACACGAGAAAGUCAGUGAGCUUCACUUCCAAACCGGAAAGAAAUCAAAUCGGCAACUCUCAACGCGUUUUGUAGACACAGGCAGAAAUCACGUGAACAAUGUCGAAACCUUCUUCCGUAAAACAAUUUUAAACAGGAUUUCCCUGAAAAUUAUACCAAUGCAAACCGAUUGACGUUUGGGACAUCUGACUCCCAUUUACUUCCAGCCAGGAGGCGUUACAUUUAGGGGAGAAUUAGCCUUGAGUAUCACUGCCUUGUAGAUUUGUUCGAACAGCUCACAACGUUUACUGGUAGCUCACUGGUGAGAUAUUUGACAUUGAUGUAUGUAAUUUUUCUGGUCGAAAGUUCAGAGCGAGGGAAACGACAGUUAAACUGAUGUCAUCAAAUAAAACUUGAUCUAUAAAGUACAGGCAAACAGACAGCUGGUUUGUUGACAUAACCUUGUCAAUCAAAGUAUCAAUUGUCACUGCUUCAAACAACUUACAAAGCGACAGUCAUCACUGAGUCGCGUAACAUUCGACUGUUCAAUAAUGGUGCCUUCGCGUAGAGAGGGCAGUGCAGUUUGUAAUAACGCGGUCCUUUUUGUUUUCAGCUUGCUAUGUUUGAUAAUCGGUAUUGUGAUGGUGUUUGUAGGCGCAGCGGAGAUCCAUUCUGCAUAUAAAAACUGUGACUCAACUCAAGCGCCUUCCACCGCGAAGAGCAUCGCAUCACCUCAGUCGUCUUCUUGCGACUUCUCAUCCGAAGCCGUUGGCGUCGGUUUGCCCGGUUUGUUAGAAGAAGUGAAAACUUCGUUUUUUCUACACUCUCCUAAUAAUGCCGCUUGGAAUCCUGAUACAACAAGACAAACAGAAAAGGUGCAAUACGUAAAAUCAAGGUACCGUCCCUACGAUCCAUCCCCUGAAGUUCUUAAGCGAAAGACUGACGCUGCUCUCGCUCUUUUGGGAAAGCUGAAACAAUUAAAGGUGGAAGAAUGGAAGCUUAAAGCUCGGGAGGCUAAAGCGUUAUGGCAGGCAAAGCAUUUCCUUCAACACGUGUUCGGUUCGCCGUUUGAUGUCAACUAUUAUGCCGGUGAUUGGCUAAUGGGACCAAACUACUUCUGCUGGCAGCCAAUCUGCCGCGUGCCGUAUGACCUGAAUUCUUUUGCUUGGUACGUCAAGCCUCGCUCUUACAACGACGUACAACUUGUGAUUGACAUCAUCAUGAAACACAGGAACACGUUUGAUCAGUACAGAAAUAACAUUGACAUGGGAGUCAGAGCAGGUAUGGUUCGCCCGGACGUUGAUUGUAGAGCGGGUCUUGACGCUUUUAAAGAAAGUUAUCCUGCAAUAGCAAAGAAAAAUGCCUCAACAGGUGUACUACACGAAUGGUACGUCGAACAGUAUCUCAAAUCUCAGUACUUGGAAAAGUUGGACUUGAGAGUGGAUGAUUUGUGGAAAAUUAAUCACUCGGGUCAGAGUGUGCAGGAAGCUAUUAAAGAGGCCUUGGUGAAAGGUUUUGGUGAACCGGUUCUCAACCUGAUUCAUUAUCUUGAGUAUGAACACAGCCGUCAUUGCUUACCGACAAAAGUGGCCAGCGGACUUGCUAAUUUGCCUGUCGAUUACGUGUAUACUGAUGGUGUCCCGGAUGUUAAGAAUAAAACGACGAAAGUUCUGCCAGGUACUACGCUUGAAUUGAAUGGCACUAAAACUUACAGUAUGAUUUUAUCAUACUUCACAACAACUAAUAUUUCUUCAGAUGAAAUAUACUGGAAGGGGAGAACACAACUUAAAACCCUCAUGCCCCAGGUCUAUAAAAUAGCAAAACUUAUGACUGGCAGGAAUAAGAGAUCCAAAGCAAUCGAGAAAUUUAAAUUCCUUUUAUCUAGCCGUGAACAGUGGCACAAUUCCGCACCAUUUCCGGCUAAUGAAAGUGACGAGCAUGCACACCAAGCUUGUCGUGAUCCAGACUCUGCAAAGAAAAAUUGUCCUCAGCGCUGGGCGGCCGUUGUGAAAUGGGGCGAAUACAUCAAUGAGAUAAUGAGUAUGAUAGCUCCCAAGGUUCAAUCGAUGUUUUACUUUAGUGGUCCCAAGACGACGGCGCCUAACUGCCCGAUACAGAUAUGGCCGCAUUACAACCCCUCUAACGGCGCUAUGUAUUUCCGGCCAAGCGACAGCAACUGUUCAGCGCCAUGUCAUUUUGGCCUACCGUUUUUCCUGAAGGAGUAUGGUCCAAAGUUCCAGGAAUGGUCUGUGAUUGGCCAUGAGUCAAGGCCUGGGCACCACACUCAAAUGCAAGGCUUAGUGGAGCAUUUCCGUGACAGAUGUGGAGGUGUUCCACGGUGGCUGGACAAGCAAACGUCAUAUACAGCUUUUCAAGAGGGGUGGGCUUUGUAUGCUGAGAAUCCUCUUCUAUCCCAUGAUGCUGGACUGUAUGAAGAGAACUUUUUACAGCUGUAUGGCAUGAUGAAAUGGCAGGUUUGGCGAGCUUUGAGACUUAUGGUGGACACUGGACUUCAUUACAGAGGAAUGACCAGGUCCGAAGCACUUAAAUACUUUGAAGACUACACUUGGGAUACCACAGACUUUGCUGUAAAGGAAGUAACUAGGUACCAGAGUGUUCCUGGUCAGGCUACAGCCUAUAUGUUAGGGAAACUGGCGCUAGUGGACAUGCGCAAAAUUGUCAAGGAGAAACUGGGCAAGUCGUUUAAUUUGCGGGAUUUUCAUUAUCAUCUUCUUAGUCAAGGGUCUGCUCCACUUGGAUACCUCUACAAUCAUAUUUAUAAAUACAUAGACUGCGAGGAAAAGAAAAUAGAACCUGAGUAUUGCGCUGACAUUCUAAGAAAUUCUGAUGAACCUAACAAUGAAGGACAAGUGCCAAAGAACGAAGUAGAACUUGAAGAAAAGUAUCCACCAAGACCUCCCCACAGAAGCUAUAUGUAACAGGAACGCAAGCAUUAGCUCACGGGCAGUUAAACACAUUAUUUAUGUUACUGCGUAUGCCCUAAGCCGACUGCCCAUCAAGGUUUUGUUCAAUGCUUCAGUCAUGCGCAUACAAAGCUUCACAGUAGCUUGGUUCUCAGACGGUGCAAGGUCAAUCGUCCCAGCUCCCUCGACGAGACAGUAAACAAGGAACUGAGCGACCAACCUUUGAUCGCCUGAGAGUUAGGUUUAUUCAGCUCAAAUUAAGGGCCUAUGAUAAUACCUUGAUACCUUAGAGAAUGUAAUGGCCACAGAGGAUGAAUAUAUUAUUCCGCGUACCUACACUCCCUGUAAUUUCUCACGGCUUACAUGAAGACAUUUUGUCGAGACAUCUUGUUCUGACGUAUACAACAUCAAUAAAUUAUAAAAUAAUCUA